AUGCAUUUCCUUACCAUCGCCGCCCUUCUUGGGACGGCGGCCGCUCAGAUUAAAUAUGCCGACAAUCAAGUCCCCUUCGCCCAAGAGUCAGAACAAGUCGCCGCCAACUUCCCCGACGUUGACGGCAAGCUCUACUCACCCGCCUUUCUCAACCCCGAUGGCGUAAACAAGGCUUUCGCCAACGGCACAGCCACUCCCAACUCUCAACAAACCCUUGAGCAAUUCCUUGCGACUCUCGCGUCAAGAAAUGAUUGGAUGACAUACCACAACCCUACCUUCUCUUCAGAGGAGGGUCGGUCCAUUCCCUAUGUUGUCCUGUCAUCGUCCAAGUCGCUUCUCCAGACAACUAAGAUGGCUGGUAAUGGAACCAACAAGGUCCGCGUGUGGUUUCAGAGCCAUGUUCAUGGAAAUGAACCAGCGGGUGAAGAAGCUAUUCUUGCGCUGCUGGGCAAAAUGGACGCUCAACCAGAAUGGACAGCUUCUAUUCUGGAGAAGUUAGAUAUUAUGGUUCUGCCGCGGUACAAUCCUGAUGGAGCGGCUUAUUUCCAGCGAUACUUGGCUACUGGCUUCGACCCGAACCGGGACCAUACGAAAAUGGCUUCUCAGCAAACCAUGGACGUCAAGGCGCUGAAUCUCAAGUUCAACGCUCAUCUUCAUCUUGAUUGCCACGAGUAUGGUGCUGCUCGACGGUUGACCUACGACAACAAGACAUUCAUACCUUCUCAGGACAGCCAAUUCUCUGCGUUCAAGAACCCCAACGUUCACGAGGAUAUUCGGUCUCUUGCAGAAUCUCUGUUCGUACCCAAGGUUCAUUCUGCGCUGGAAGACAAGAACUUGACUUCAAGUGGCUACGUCGUUGCAUUCCAAGAGGAAGGCCAGGGCAUUCGUCUGCAAGACUUCGUCACAGACACACGUGGUGAAGUCACCGUCUUUCUAGGCCAAGGUCUUGCAUUUCUAUCCGAAACACGAGGAAUCGGUCUAGGAGACCAAUACUUCAAGCGUCGAACUACAGCCGGUCUUACCGCUGCCGUUACCCUUCUUCAAACAGCCGCCGACAACGCUGAAUUGAUCUACGACACGGUCGAGUCUGCACGUGCUGACUUUAUCACCAAUGACCAAGAGAUCAUCGUGCGCGAACAACCUCGCUGGUCAAACUCUACAUGGAACUACAUCAACGCUGAAACAGGUGAUCUCACCGAAGUCCCCGUUCAAUUCGGCAACAACACACCUCCCGCGUCAAACCUCACACGUUCUCGUCCCGAAGCGUACAUCUUCAGUCGCGCAUGGGGCCACGCAGCCACCAAACUUCGCGCUGCCGGUCUUGAAGUGAAUGAGCUAGCAAUUGACUUUGAAGGCGAAGUUGAAGCGUACAACAUUACUGAAGCUACCCUUGCGCCUACCAAGUAUGAGGGUAUUGCGCUUACUACUGUUAAUACGGAGAUGUUUACUAAGACGAUGAAGUUUCCUGCUGGGGCUUAUUGGGUUAGUACUAGACAGCAGCAUGCGGCGCAGGCUUUUGUUAGACUUGAGCCGGAGCAUCCUGAUGGGUUUGUUACGUUUAAUAUUUUCCCUGUUAGUGCUGGGGACGAGUACCAAGUUUACCGUAUUCCUUCUCAGUAA